AUGGCGAAGAGUCCCGAGAUGAAGCUGGCCGUUUUCGGUAGAGCAGGAGUGGGUAAAUCAGCUCUAGUGGUGAGGUUUCUGACCAGACGUUUCAUCUGGGAGUAUGACCCAACGCUUGAAUCAACAUAUCGCCAUCAAGCAACCAUAGACGAUGAGGUUGUGACCAUGGAGAUCCUUGACACAGCCGGACAGGAGGACACGCAGCAGAAGGAGAGCCACAUGCGCUGGGGCGAUGGCUUCGUCAUUGUCUAUGACAUCACUGACCGGGGCAGCUUUGACGAAGUGGCUCCUUUGCGAGGCCUCCUAGAGGAAGUCAAGAAACCCAAGAAUGUCCCUUUGGUUCUGGUGGGCAACAAAGCCGACCUAGACCAUGCCCGACAGGUGGGCACAGAGGAGGGCGAGCGGCUGGCUGCCGAGAUGGCGUGUGCCUUCUACGAGUGCUCGGCGUGCGCCGACGAGGGUGGCAUGGUGGCGGAAGCAUUCCAUGAGCUGUGUCGCGAGUUGAGGCGCCGCAAGGUGGUCCAGGGCAAGGCCAGGCGCCGUAGCUCCACCACCCACGUCAAGCAGGCCAUCAACAAGAUGCUGACCAAGAUCAGCAGCUAG